AACAUUACUAGCAAGUAGCAUCCCUCCACCUGAAAAAAAAAAAAAAAAAAACAGAAUCCUCUGUUCUUCAUUCCUCCCCAUUCCCAAAAACAAAAUGAAACCCUCAAUUCCUCGUACGACAUUCCCUCUUCCUCUCCCAUUCCUCAUCCUCCUUCUCCUCCCCGCCGUCGUCCGCUCCGGCGACCUCAUCGAGGAAGUGUGCAAGAAAACCCCAUUCUACGGCCUCUGCGCCGCCACUCUCCACUCCAAUUCCUCCGCCGCCGCAGACAUCAAAUCCCUCGCCUGCACCGUCACCAACUUCGUGCUCUCCAACGCCACGGACACGCUGUCCUACAUCCAGGCCCAAUUGAAGAAAGAAAAGGAUCCCAAGGCCGAGAAGGCCCUGGCCAAUUGCGCCGAGCUCUACAUCCCCGUGGUGAAAUACAACCUGCCGCAGGCGAUCGAGGCCUUCUUCAGGGGGUACUACGGCUUCACCAAGUACGCGCUCUCCGACGCCGCCAAGCAGGCCGACGCUUGCGAGGACAAGAUAUCCGGCGCCGGCGCCGGCGGAGGAGAGCUGAGCGCGAGGAACAAGGUGGUGAGCGAUCUGUGUGGCGUCGGGGCGGCAAUUGUUGGACUGCUGAUGAAAGUCGGAGGCCGAGGGUUGAAAGUUUGACUGGCUGGCUGUUUAAUUUUCUUACAUGGGGUUGUUUUUGGAUUUUUUAUCCACGUGUCAGAUAAUUAGUGGCUGAUAGGUUUCUUUUCGCCUACUUUUGUGUUUUAGCUUUUUUUAUCGGCUUGCCAGCGGCGUUUUUAUUAAUUGGAGGUAGUGUAGUGUAAACGUGUCGUGCUCUGGGAACACGAGAGAGACACGGUGGUUGAUGUCGAAUUGUCGAUAAUGUGGUUUUGGUAUUAUUAUUGCGGUUUUGUAUAGUGUUUAUUCAGAUUAAUGAGUUAAAUUAUUUUUCGUGUUUGUGUAUUAAUCAGAGUAAUUAAUGAUUUUUUUAUAUAAAUAAAGGAAAAAGAGCUCGAGAUUUCACUGAACGGGCCUAAUUUCUUGGCGGCUAACCAUAGAAGCCAGGUUAUUAGUCCUUAAUCCUUUUGCGAUAUGGGCUUUUGCCAUCACAUGGCGUUUCAUCUAAUGAUACUUUGGGCUCACGUCUCAUUUUAUAGAUUAAGCGCCGUAGGGCUCCCCUCACCCAAUCCACACAGAUUUGGGUCUAAUCAGAUGCACCAAGCUGGUCAACCCAAUUUAGCCCGGUUGAGCCGAUCGAGCAAGUGGGUUGAGAGUUAAUGAUCCUAUCGCUUUAGUCCAGUUUAGCAGGGAUAUACGAAAAGUUAUUAUAUUGUACAUACAUUUAUAAAUUAUAUAAAAUAUAAUAUACGGUUCAGCCCCUGUGUCCGCUUUCGCGAGUUCCGCUAGCUUACAUCACACUAGCCCGGAAUUGUUAGAGCGGAUGUUCCUUUUCGAAGAGCCGAAUCAAAGUAUAGUGUUGAACUCUGCUGGGCCGACACUGACACUGAGAGACGAAAGCUAGGGGAGCGAAUGGGUAAUAACAUAUAAUAUUACAGUCAAAUUAUAACAUAUAAUAUUACACCAAAAUAACAAUUCAUACUUGGAUGCGAUAUACAGUCAAAUUUCAUACACACUCUUAUAACUUUGACAUUCAAAUAUUUAAGUUAGAAUUUCAAAGAUAGGGUUAGACGAAGGAAAAAAUCGGAAAGAGACGUGAUUCACAAAACAAAGGGGAAAAAACGACUUCGUGUGACCUCUAACCCGAAAACCUUACCGCGGGUCGACUCGUGGGCGUGUGGCACUCGCUUUCCUUAUCGGGUCAGGGUCAAUCCAGAUCAACCGGGUCAAUAACCUUGAGAUGCAUCUAUCCAGUUCAAUAAAAUUCUUGAAACUCCGAGUUGUGAGGAGAAUGCAUGUGAUUAGGGUUGUUGGUUAGGGUUCGGUUUUUUGGUUAAUCGAAAAUCGAACCACUUAUUUCCUAUUAAUGGUUUUUUAGAUCGGUUUGAAAAUUGAUAUCUCUUGCCACUUACCUGUUGAGAGACAAAAACAAAUGAACUAGUUUGAUUUUUCAAUUCAUUCAGAUCAAACGCAUGCAUUAAAUGGUUCGUUGUUCACUCUCAAAAGCGCAUAAUGCAUAUUUUUGUUUUUGUUAUUAACAUUUCUGUUAACAUAAUCGAUCUGACGGAGAGAGGCUCAAUAAGAUAAGUUAAUCGGAGUUCCCGGAAGGAGGUCCCACCAUUUACUUGACUCUUAGAACCUUUGUUGGUUUUGGGCAACGGGGAUCAACUUCCAAGAUAGGAAAGGGCGAUCCAUCUAUUUAUUUGAAAGAUCAGUUUGAUCAAUUAAUGAAUUUAUUCUUCCUGUAAAUAUACAAAAAGGGAUAUUAGACAUAUAGGGUACGAAAAGUUUCCAACAUAUAACAGGUUUUGACCAAAACAAGGGGAAGCCAACAUCUUGAGGGAGUGAUCCCAAUCUAUCCCAUAUAUUACUCUUUAGAACUCUUUGCUAGCUGAGGCUAUGAAGGCUUUCCAACUUGCUUCAAUUAGGGAAGAACUAUGAAGCAUUUUAGAAUAUUCUAUUCACUUUUUCGGCUGGAUCAGGGCCUUGCUAUUUUUCGGUCUGAAAAAACUUUAUUUAAUAGACAGAGAGGGGCUUUUUUCGAAAGGCUGACCAACCUAGUUAAUCUCGAAUUUCAUAUUGAAAAAGGAGGAGGCACAUCAAGGCAGAAGUCGAAUCAAGCAAAGAUCCUCUGACAUUAGCUAGUAGCAGCUUUCAUGGGACUUGUAGUUGCUUCUUUUAGAGAAGGCUUGGCUCUAUUUAUGCACUUCGGGAAGAGCGGACGGAAAGAGGAGGCCUUUGCUCUAUCUGCUUCUUCCUCUUCCCAAGAAUGAAGAAUCUUUAAAAUACAAGAAGCAAGCGACCCUUUCGCGAAAAAGCCGGUACGCUUUCCAGCUCGCGACGACUCAAACAGGCGGGGGCUCUCUAUUUGCUUGCAAUGCCGGUUAUUCGCCUAUUUGAUUCAAAAGGCAAAGUCAAAGAAUUGAGGGAAUUCUCUCUCUUUUUUAUACAAAAGGGGUUCACUAGGCGUACUAAUUUCAUUCGAUAGAAUGAUGAUAAAUUUAUCACUCACUAGGGGAAGCGCGGACGAGUAGAAGACUUGGGUGUACGUAGUUCAAAAGAACCGUAGGGAGAAGGUGCGAAGUUGCUCGCAUUUGAAUUAGAAAAAGAAGGAGAGGAGGGGAAUAUGUUCGACCGUAGGGAGAAGGUGCGAAGUUGCUCGACUGAAAGGAGAGGAAGGGAGUAUAUGAGCCCGAAGGUUUAAAAUAUGUUCGACCGUAGGGAGAAGGGCGAAGGGGCUUUAGAGUUAGGGCUCGUAUGCAUAGCAGUAACCUGUCUCAAAGAUGGCAACACUAUGUAGCGGUGUACGAUAAGUCUAAAGGUCUCGGUAGUUUUUACAUCGAAUGGUGGAUCGGAAGGGGGCCUUCCCCAAUAGGAAACGAAGAAUUUUCGAGUAUCUGAAGGUUAAACUGAAGCCAAAACAACUUCGGAUUGUACCAGAAGGGAUCGCCUACCAUACCCGCUCGGUCUGUCUGGUCGAGAGGGAUUCUUCUGACAAUGAAAGCAUCUUAGCACUUGAGUCCUUCCUUCACGUCCUUAUACAGGUCUCACAGCUCUAGGAGUACCUAAAAGAGGGCUCAUCGAUUGGGGGAGUCCACCAUAAAAUCAUGGCGAGGAGGUCCCGUGGAUCAUUGCAGACCAUUAUUUUACUAUAGGGAAAUGGUCUACAAAUUUCAGACCAUCAGUGGAGAUUUUCUCCAAAACAAUGGUUUGGGUUCGUUUCCCUAAGCUACCAAUCGAGUACUUAUUCUUGAUUUUGAAAGAGGUUUUAAUCUGGUCUCGAGGAGAUUAGCGGGAAGCAGUGUUUAUGAAUCUCCUCCUUUUAUUGUAGGUGAUGAACUUCUUUUUGUUCAAGGGGCUGGUAGAAAGAUUCAGGUUGUGAGAGGUGCGAGUGAGCAAGGAUUUCAAUUUUUAGAGCUAACCCAAUAUGUCGAUCAAAUAAAACAUACUUUAGGAAAGUUGUUGAGGUAGCUCAGCUGGUUAGAGCAAAGGACUGAAAAUCCUUGUGUAAGUGGUUUGAAUCCAGUUCUAAGCGGGUGAAGGGUCCAAAGGACACGUAGCCGGGAGCAAGCCGGAUUUUAAAAUUCAAGUGAAAGAGUCAGCCAAUAAAUUUGAGCGCUCCUGCACUAUACGGCUUUUUGGUGUCCCCCCUAUCUUGUCUUGCCGGAGGCAGAUUUUCUAAAAAAAGAGGUUGAUUAUUCGGAUUGGUUCUCGUAUCCCUGUGCCCAAAAGGAUGGGCGAGUUCGAAGCCCUUACUCGUGCUGCAAUCAGGCUUGGCACCUUCCCUUAUUCUCCUUCCUUUUGGUAGUGCUAAGUAAUACAAAAUCUCCUAUGGCUAUUAAGGAUCCCCUUUCACCUGUGUGAUGCCCUCUUUUUUAGGAAUAAUAAGAAAAAUCUCAAGAUCUUCUAAAGAAGGCUGGUGUAAUGGUUUCUGAUAUACACAGGGAGAAAAUCUUACCUCCGUUUUCAAGUUUCAGUCUUUCCAGUGGGCAAGCAAGUUUCCUCUUACUUAAGUAAGAGUAAGCUCCCAUCGGGGAGUCCGCCAAACUGCCCGCCAAAUGGGAUGUGUCUGCGUAGUCGAUUGCAUCUCGGCGGUGAUUUCAUAUGCUGACUUGAAAGAGAAUCUCCCGUCGGGAAAAAUCCCAUCAUGAUAGAUUGAAUCGACGACCUAUACUUAACUAAAGGCACAAGGGAAUCAAGAGUUCAAGAGCACAGAACAGAGGAAAUGCACAUGGGUCUCCUUGAAGAAUGAAGUCUAAGAUAAAGA